CUUCGCGAAUCUGCCAACAUUUUGCUUAGCACCACACCGCGGGCAGCCUCAAGAUGCCCCCGCGCAAGUCUGCCGGCCCCGCGGCACCACGGCUCUCCAAGCUCGCCAAGGAGCACAACGUCUCGGCGCAAGAAGAAGUCGAGAUCAAAGAGGCCUUUACACUCUUUGCCGAGCCCAUGGACGGCGAGAAGAUGGGCGUCCUCCCCAGAGCCGAUAUCAAAUCCGCCCUCAUCGCUUUAGGUAUCCCGCCGUCGUCACCGUCCGAACUAGCCGAAUUCACAGCGAUCCUCGACCCUGAUGAAGACGGCUACGCCACAUACGAGCCGUUCUUCGCCAUCUGCGCGCUCAAAUUCCACGCCCAGGACCGCGGCACGACCGCCCACGAUGCCGAGCUCGACGAGGCGUUUCGGCUGUUUACUAACGAUACCGACGGGCCCAUUACGCUGGCGCAUCUGAAGCGCGUGGCGGCUGUUCUUAAGGAGGAUGUGGAUGAGGAGGUGCUGAAGGAUAUGAUUCUCGAGGCGAAUGGCGGGUCGGGGGUGGUGCGCGGCGUCAAGAUGGACGAGUUUGACGAUGUCAUGCAGCGGGCUGGCGUGUGGCGGUGACGACUUGCUGUGAUAAUACCCCCUGUUUUUCUAUUUGCAUGUUGAUGGAGUUUGGGUCUGCCCUGUUUUGGGCUUUGGCGUUGGAUUGCUAUUUCGGAGAGGGCGUCAGGUACCGUUUCUAUGUAUGAACAGAGAGACGAGAAAAGAAAUACUGAUAAGAUUGUCGAAAAAAAAGAGGUCCAUUGAAUGUCAUAAAGUAUCUAUGUAUAUAACCUGAUGAGAAGGUUAAAUGGCCUAUAAAAAAGAAAAACACCGUACGCCUGCAUGCAACCCAAUUUUUGGUGGAACACGCGUUCCUUGCCAAAUAUAUCCCGUAUCAUCCUCGUAUUUCCCCAUAUCCAUAUAUUUCUCACACAUGUAUAACCAAAGCUGUCUGUCUACCUACGCAGUCGGCGAGGCAUCGGCCGUCUUGACGCCGCCAUCGACCAGGUGCUGCAGCUCAGGAGGCACCUUGAAGCCAGCGUGCUCCGAGUGCUUCUUGUAAAAGUAAUUGUCUGGUCGCGGACGCAGCUCGGCAGGGAUAUCAGCGAGGACACAGGCGAGCAUUCCGUCAAUGGAAGCCUGUUUCGAGGCAUCGCGGUGCCAGAUUGUAAUGAGGUGCGAGUUGAAGCGGACCGAGAGUCCCACGCCACAGAGCUGGUCGCCUAGAAAAAGAUAAAAAGAGUUAGUAAACGAACAAUUAGAAUCCGGGCGAAGUCAAUCUUCCAACCGCUCCGCAGGUCUUUUGAAUUUUCACCGAGAGCACACGUACCUUCAGCUAGCGACUCCUCGAGCUGCUCGCCAAUAGCCAGCAUCUGGACAUGCGUCCAAAAGUCAGGCCCCGACGUCUUUGGCACGCGAAACGUCCAGCUACCGCCCUUGAUGUUGCGGCGGUCCUCCCAGACAGGCUUGAAGCCCGACUUGAAGAGGUACAGCGACUCGCGCAUCUUGAUGUUGGCGACGGGCAUAUUGUUGUUGUAGCGCCAAAAGUCCUGCACAGAUUCGAUCUGGGUCCCGACCUGCUCGAGC